CGUUUAGUUAUCAACUCCAACACCUACCGAAAAUGGAGUCCGAAAAUAAGAGUUUCCAACCGUGGCGGGACUACAUGAAGCUAGCGGACGCAGUGCGGGAGAUGAAGUUAGGGAACUUCACAUCAGAACCGUCAACUGUUGACGGUCAUCACUCCAGUAUAUGCGCGACCAUGGUGGAAUUUGAACAGUUCCCGUCGCGAGCCUUGCUGUCACCGAUAGCACCGGUGGCGACACCACCUCUACGGCACGAAAAUUCCAAAAGUGUCCCCUUGCGUAAAGCCGCUCCUUUACAUCCGAGCAGCAGCGAGGGUCCCACGACUUCUACAGCAGCGUCCAGACCCUCCGUGGGGACCCGGGUCCAGAGGGAGAGAAAGAAGGCGACCCGCUCCAAGAUGCCGGAGGGAGCGCCAUCACCUGAGCGCCUGUCCUGCAGCUUCUGCAAACACAACGGGGAGUCUGAAUCUGUGUUUGGGUCCCACAGUCUAAAGGACCAGGAUGGGGCCGUGGUGUGCCCGUACCUGCGGCAGUAUGCCUGUCCUCUCUGCGGGGCCACCGGGGCUCAAGCCCACACCAAGCGCUUCUGUCCCCGGGUGGAAACCACCUACAACUCUGUCUAUGUCAAGUGAUAGAAGCGCUAACUCUGGUCCAGGCCAUUACUGCGCUACCCUCUAGACCUACUAACAUGGUCAACUUGUUGUUGCGAGAUGGGUGGGACCAGAGCUAGAGAAGCGCUGGAGAGACUUCAGGCUGUUGUUUUGCAGACUUUCUUUGAUCGUCUCUAGCGCACUGUAUGCGGACAAUUGUAAGAGGAUUUAGGUGUGAAUAUUUAGUUUAGACGUCGUUUGGAAUAGCCUGACUAGUUUGUAGACUGUGUAAUAGCCUGACUAGUUUGUAGAAUGUGUCAUAGCCUGUUUAUCGUGUGAUUUGAUUUAUUUAUUUAUUAACUUUUUCUCGUGUGUUUUCAACUUUUUUCACUUAUUUCAAUGUAUUUAUGACGUGUGGUUUUUCAUUAUAUGCAUGCCCGUGCACUUGUUCUUUACAACACAUGUUGGGUUUGAGUUUUCUGGUUUAACUUUAAAGUGUAAAUGUCUCUGUCUGUCUGUGACCAAACUAACUACGUAUUUAUAUGUUGCUGUGAGAUUUUGUAAAACCUCCCAACCUCUGAUACCGUGUCGGACGAAUAAACCGCCCUUAUCAACAAACUCUCACUGCAGAAUUAGACGUAUAUCCACGUUUCUCCCUGCUACUUUGGGGAGGGAAAAAAAACCUGGAUUCCAAAAUUGUUCCCUUGUGUAAAGACGCUCCUUUACAUCCGAGCAGCAGCAAGGGUCCCAAGACCCCUACAGCAGCCUCCAGACCCUCUGUGGGCACCCGGGUCCAGAGGGAGAGAAAGAAGCCACCGGAAGGAGCGCCAGUCCUGCAGCUUCUGCAAACACAACGGGCAAAACUCAACGUUUCUCCCUGCUACUUCGGGGAGGAAAAACGGAAGUGUUGUCUUGUUUUGAGACUUGUUUUCCUGACUUUUAAAACGACAUGCUCUAAUCUAACUGUACAUCUGCAGGUCUACGGGCCUAAAAUAACCAUUAUAAGAACAUUGCUAUUGACAUCAAGACAACUUCUGUUUUAUGACGUGGUGUGCAGAGCUACUUUUGUGUCAUUGUAAUUUGCCGUGCUAGCUACUAUUUUAGUGUUAUACUUGUUUUUUAAUAGAUCUAGAGGUGUGGUUUCUUGUUUGUUUGUUUUUUGGUUUUGUUUUACUUUUCAACGUGUAUGCUACUUAGAUUAGAGAUGCAGGCCAAACAAAUGGUUGAAUACUCCAGUCAUCCAAAUCAUAGACUGUCCUCUCUGCGGGGCCACCGGGGCUCAAGCGCUUCUGCCCCCGGGUGGAAACCACCUACAGCUCGGUCUAUGUCAAGUCAUAGAAGCGCUAGCUCUGGUCCAGGCCGUUACUGCGCUACCCUCUAGACCUACUAACAUAGUCAACUUGUUGUUGCGAGAUGGGUAGGACCAGAGCGAGAGAAGCGCCUGACAAGUUUGUAGACUGUGUAAUAGCCUGACUAGUUUGUAGACUGUGUAAUAGCCUGACUAGUUUGUAGACUGUGUCAUAGCCUGACUAGUUUGUAGACUGUGUCAUAGCCUGACUAGUUUGUAGACUGUGUCAUAGCCUGUUUAUCGUGUGAUUUGUUUUACUUUACUUUUUCUCGUGUGGUUUAAUUUUUUUCUCUCACUUAUUUCUACGUAUUUAUAACGUGUGGUUUUUGAUUUUAAAGUGUAAAUGUCUCUGUCUGUCUGUGACCAAACUAACUGCGUCUUUACAUGUUGGUGUGAGAUUUUGUAAAACCUCCCAACCUCUAAUACUGUGUCGACGAAUAAACUGCCCUUAUCAACAAA